GCCAGAGAAAACACGCGCCGGACAAACAGCGAAAGAAGCGGGGACGCGUCCGACGGCGAUGACGGCGCCGGCGGUGGUGUCGGCGGCGGCGAAGAAGGAGGUGGAGCCGGUGGCCCCGGCGGGGCUGCGGCGGCUGCGGGAGCGCUGGGGGAACGCGCGCUUCGCCGUGACGCCGCUGGUGGGCCACAGCGACCUCGUCACCGCCGUCGCCUUCCACGGAUCGUACAUCGUCUCCGGCAGCCGCGAUACGACGGUGAAGCUGUGGCACGCCGCGACGGGCACGGAGGAAGCCAACCUCGGCGGGCACACAGGCAGCGUCACCUGCGUGGCCAUCGCCCCAGCCGCCACCGCCACCGCCAUCGGGAAGGCUCUUGAUUGCGCGGACGAUGAGGAUUUCUUGGCGAGUGGAUCCAGUGACUGCACAGUGAAGAUCUGGUCUCUGCGCACAGGGCAGGAGGUGCGGAGCGUCUACACCUACAGCCCCGUUUCGGCGAUCGCGUUCCUCCCCGAGCCGGGACUCCUCCUCUCCGCGUCCGACGGAGGGAAGCUGGACAUGUGGGACCUCACGACGGGCGCCAGCGUGCAGUCGUUUCGUGCUCAUGAAGACGCCAUCACCUGCCUGCAGCUGCACGGCUCGCUGGCGUGCACGGGUGGCCGGGAUGGCCAGGUGCGCGUGUGGGAGCUGCGCCCGGGCCCCCGCCUGCACCUGCUCUUCUGCACGGAGGGCGAGGAGUGGAGCGCCGACGGGCGCCGCCGUGGCGCGUCCCCCCUGCGCUGCCUCCUGGCGGGGCCGCGACCCCACGGCCGCCUCCUCUACUCCGCCGACGAAGGCGCCAGCAUCCGGGUCCUCGACUGGCGGACGGGCUCCAUAUUGCGGAAGCUGCCCAACCACAACAGCGACUGCGGCUUCACCGACUGCCUGUCCAUGGCAAGCGAUGGCGGCGAUGGCGGCACUCGCCUGAUGCUGUCCGCGGGCUACGACAUUGACCGAGGUCACGGCUACAUCAACGUGCGGCUGCUCGCGGAGGGCGGGGAGCCGUACGUAGCGACGCUGGGGGGUGAGGCGACCCCCCGCCUGCUCUGCGUCGCCACCACCUGCACCCCCAGCGGCCUGCAGCGCUGGGGCACGGGGGGGCGGAGCCUCCUCCUGUGGGAGGAGCUCCCGCACGGGGGCGGAGCCAACAGCCACCACCGCGAAAACGGGUACGCGGGCAGACGUCACUGGCACACGUGAGGUUACUCGUCACUCACGCACGGGUACGUGUCACUCAUCUCUCAAGGCCACCACCUGUGACGAUUAUCUGAACCGGUCCUGGGCCUCCCCUAAGUCGACUCGGCCUCAAAUGAGUAUCCGGUGCGGUGUGUAAACAUCGCCACUGGUGCCGCCCACCCACUCUCUCGUGUGCCGUGCUGGCCUGCAUAGGUGCUCGCCACAGCACUUACCCCGACAGUCUGUUGAGGCUAUGAGGGGGAGCCUUGUCUUUGUCUGUGUUUGGGGAGCGGUAGUGCAGUGGUUAGCACGCCGCGCUACAAACC